AUGAAGUGAGUUGGUUUCAUCCCUAUAUUGCAUCAAUUAAAUCUGUUUUUUUUUUCAGAGAUUUUGUCAAAAAAGAAGAACCCGCAUUCGAAGAGGAAGAUGCACACGUUCUGAAUGACGACGUUCCAGCUGGACCUCUUCCCGAGCUGCCACAGUAAAAUUCCGAUCGAUUUGGCCGCCUUGCACAUCUCCGUUUUGCAGAAUACUUGCCCGUAAGCGGAAAUUGGUGAAAAGGCGCACAGUGGGCCGGAAAACCCGGAGGAAGACAAAGAAAAGCAAGACAGGAACAAAACGGAGGAAAGGGACAAAAAAAAGACGGAAAAGUACAAAGAAGUCAGUAGCAGAGGGAGCCGGGAAGAUCGGAAGAGCGAGGCGAGGACGAGUCAAAGAAGAGAAGCUUCAUAUCCGACAAAAGUAAAAUUUUAUUUGAAAAUUAGUCAAACGUUGGGAAAACAGAGUUUUGAAUCCGACACGACUGUUUUUUUCUAAACGAGUGAUUAUUUUGCAGCGAUGACGUCAUAGUUCUGGAUGAAGAAGAUAUGAAAAAAGAGGCGCCGUCACCACCGCCACCUCCCAAGCCAACGUGGGAACAUCCGUACAUCAUGUUUUAAUACUGAACAUUUCGUUUCUCAGACCAUCCAACAUCUUGGAUCAGAUCAUGUUCGCUCAAGAGAAGGAGUUUGGCGUCGUGAAUCCCAACGUGAAUGCCUCCAAAUCCAAAACUCUUCCGAACGGUCGACGGAGCGUAUGGUGCGUUGAAUUUGAAAGAAACUUGAGACGAUAAAAGUUAUUUAACCACUUUUGACAUGAAAAUAGGUAUAUAUAGUGAUCACGGGCCGAUUUUGGCCAAAAUAUGCCUUUUAUUCAAAUACAUAUUUCGGGAGUUCCAAGUCGAGACCAUGUAAUCCCAUCGGGCUGAGACUUGGACCCAAUAUGCUUUGAUCCUAGUCCGAGAAGACCGCAAAUUUUGGGUCGGAUAGGAAUAUUGCAAGUAAUUUAAAAGCCCAGGCUAAUUGCCCAGCCCUGAAGCUCACUAUGUUUUCACAUUUCACAAAACCACACGUAAACCUUCACUGCUUUUUUGAAGCAAUGAGUUCUUUUACUCCGCCAGUUCUCAUUCCCUGUAUCAUUGUAGCUUCAAAUCUUUGGCGUUUUGGCCAGGCUUUGUCCAAAACGACGCAGAGCACGCUUCCGCUUAUUCCGAUUUGGAACAGUUCAAUGAAACUUAUCUGAUUGGAUUCUAGUUUUUCGCUUCAAAACUUUUGACACUAAAUUCUGUUAUUCUUUUCAUAAAUGAGUUUUUUUGCAGGUAG